AUGGGAGCUCGCUGCUCUAAACUAUCCCUCUGUUGGUGGCCAACACAUCUGAAAUCAACUCUUAACGACGCCUCUGAUCUAGAAAAUGGAACGGACGAUUUGCCGUCGUUCACUGAGUUCAGUUUCGACCAGCUACGAGCUGCUACUUCGGGUUUCUCUACGGACAGCAUCGUCUCCGAACACGGCGUUAAAGCUCCUAAUGUCGUGUAUAAAGGCAGGCUCGAAGAUGACAGAUGGAUCGCUGUUAAACGCUUCAACAGAUCCGCUUGGCCCGAUACUCGUCAAUUUCUGGAGGAAGCAAAAGCUGUGGGGCAGUUGAGGAAUGAGAGGUUGGCGAACUUGAUUGGAUUCUGUUGUGAAGGAGAUGAGAGAUUGCUCGUUGCCGAGUUUAUGCCCUUCGAAACUCUCUCUAAGCAUCUCUUCCACUGGGAUAGCCAGCCAAUGAAGUGGGCAAUGAGGGUGAGAGUGGCUUUGUAUCUUGCACAAGCACUCGAGUAUUGCAGCAGUAAAGGCCGCGCCUUGUACCAUGAUCUCAAUGCUUACAGGAUCUUGUUUGACCAGGAUGGUAACCCGAGAUUAUCUUGCUUCGGUCUUAUGAAGAAUAGUAGGGAUGGGAAGAGUUACAGUACAAAUUUGGCUUUCACACCUCCUGAGUACCUAAGAACAGGGAGAGUGAUUCCGGAGAGUGUGGUUUACAGCUUCGGAACGCUGUUGUUAGAUCUUCUAAGUGGCAAACACAUACCGCCAAGCCAUGCGCUUGAUCUGAUUCGUGGGAAGAACUUCCUGAUGCUAAUGGACUCAGCUCUUGACGGCCAUUUCUCUAACGAUGAUGGAACCGACCUGGUUCGUUUAGCUUCCCGUUGUUUGCAGUAUGAAGCUCGUGAAAGGCCAAAUGUGAAAUCUCUCGUGAGCUCACUCGCUCCUCUUCAGAAGGAAACUGAUGUUCCGUCUUAUGUUUUAAUGGGGAUUCCACAUGGAGCUGCUUCUCCAAAGGAAACAACUUUGCUGACUCCUCUUGGUGACGCUUUGUGGACCGACCAGAUUCAGGAGACCCUAAACUCCAAGAAAAAAGGAGAUGCUGCGUUUAAAGGCAAAGACUUUGUCACUACCAUCGAAUGUUACACGCAGUUCAUUGAAGAUGGCACAAUGGUAUCGCCAACGGUUUUUGCAAGGAGGUGUUUGUGUUAUCUGAUGAGCAACAUGCCUCAAGAGGCUCUUGGUGAUGCAAUGCAGGCGCAAGUAGUGUCUCCUGAGUGGCCAACGGCUUUCUAUCUUCAGGCCGCUGCUCUCUUCAGCCUUGGAAUGGAUAAAGACGCUUGCGAAACCCUAAAAGACGGGACUUCCUUGGAAGUCAAGAAACAGAACAACAGAAACUGA